UGAGCAACUUUGAUGUAAGUGUUAAAAGCAGACGUCUAAGCCCGCACCUUUGGUCCCUGAGUCCUUUUUCCGGAUUCUACAUCUCACCUUCGUCUUAGCACUACAUUCCCUUUGCCGACCAGCCUUUCAUUCUUUCUGCAGCUGUGCUGUUACUUGAUUCGCUUUUUUUUGUUUUAUUUUGCAAAUUCCAACAAUACACCGGACUGGUCCGACAACACCAAAAAGACAUUCCAAGUUCAUCCAUCCCAUAAAAACACCAAAACCCAUCAAAAUGCAGUUCUCCAUCUACGCCACCACCGCCCUUCUGGCCAUCGCCUCCGCGGCACCCAUCGCCCCCCGCGCCGUCUUCACCAACAAGACGUAUGACCAGCUCUCCAUCUCGGGCGGCAAGGCGGGCAACGCCAAGGCGGAGGCGCUGGCGGCGCUGGCGGGACUGCCGGCCGACAAGACCAAGGUGGAGCGGGCGGACCUGACGUUCCUGGACCGGGUCAACAAGAUCGCCAACCAGGCCGAGACGCAGGCCUUCAACCCGGCCAUCUCGGCCGCCUCGGGCACCGCAAAGGCCGCGCUCGAGGCCGGCAAGACCAAGAACAAGGUCCUCAAGCUGACCGCCACCAUCCUCAAGCUCGAGGCCCAGCAGGCCCAGGGCGAGAACGUCGCCGCCAAGCUGGCCGAGGAGCAGAAGAAGCUCGACAACAACAUCGCCGCCGACACCAAGCGCGCCGGCCAGGCCAGCACCGCCCUGAAGUUUACUGCCAGCACGGCAUAGUGCGACUCUUUUUUUUUCUUCUAUUUUUCACUUCUAUUGGGGCAAGGUGCUUUUUUGAGGUUUUGAGUUUUUUUGGGCUUGUGGUUUUUGUGAUUGUGAAACAAAAGAGGUAGACUUGAAGGGUGGUCGCCUCGGGAUAUGUAUUGCUAAUAAUUGACGGAGUGAGC